CUCAAUACAGUCUGUGCGGGUUGGGGAUUAGGAGGAGGGGCAGGGACGGGUAGACGUAAACAUUUUUAUUUCUUCUGUUACUCUUUAUUUGACCCGGCAAGAUGAUCCACAGCCUCUUCAUCAUCAACUCUUCCGGGGAUGUGUUCAUGGAGAAGCACUGGAAGAGUGUCAUCCCUCGCUCCAUUUGUGACUACUUCUUUGAUGCACAGAGGAAAGCCAACAACAAUGAGGACAUUCCCCCAGUGAUCACCACACCCCACCACUACCUCCUCAGCAUCCUGCGCAGCAACCUCUUCUUUGUCGCCGUCUGCAUGACUGAAGUGCCUCCUUUGUUUGUCAUUGAGUUCUUGCACCGAGUAGUGGACACAUUUGAGGACUACUUUGGGGAGUGCACGGAAUCCAUUAUCAAGGAACAUUAUGUGGUGGUGUACGAGCUACUUGAUGAGAUGCUGGACAAUGGUUUCCCAUUGGCUACUGAAAGCAACAUCCUGAAGGAGCUUAUCAAACCACCCAACAUCCUGCGCACCAUUGCCAACACUGUUACUGGCAAGUCCAAAGAGUACAGUGUGAGUGCCACACUGCCCACCGGCCAGCUGAGCAAUGUGCCUUGGCGGCGGUCAGGAGUCAAGUACACCAACAAUGAAGCCUACUUUGAUGUGACUGAGGAGGUGGACGCCAUCAUUGACAAGGCUGGUGGCACGGUCACAGCUGAAAUUCAAGGCUAUAUUGACUGCUGUGUGAAAUUAUCAGGGAUGCCAGACCUCACCCUUACCUUCAUGAACUCUCGACUCUUUGAUGACAUAUCCUUCCACCCAUGUGUCAGACUCAAGCGCUGGGAGUCCGAGAGGGUGUUGUCCUUCAUCCCACCAGAUGGAAACUCUCGCCUGCUUUCCUACCACAUAGGCCCCCAGUCAGUGGUGGCCAUCCCCGUGUACAUCCGACACAACAUUUCCUUCAGAGAUGUGGGUGGUGGCAGGCUGGACAUUACUGUGGGUCCCAAGCAGACUAUGGGUCGAGUGGUGGAGGGUGUUGUGUUGGAGAUACCUAUGCCAAAGUGUGUUCUGAAUUGUAACCUCACCGUGACACAAGGAAAGUACACCUUUGACCCAGUGUCCAAGCUCCUCAACUGGAACAUUGGCCGCAUUGACCCCACCAAGCUACCAAACAUGCGCGGCAAUAUCAGUGUACAAAGUGGAUCUCCUCCCCCAGAGAGCAACCCAAUAAUAAAUGUGCAGUUUGUUGUCACACAGCGGGCUCUCUCUGGCCUCAAGGUGAACCGUUUGGACAUCUAUGGGGAGAAGUAUAACCCAUUUAAGGGUGUUAAGUACGUCACCAAGGCUGGUCGCUUCCAAGUGCGGACAUGAGCUCACCGGUGCCUCACCCACCACCAACAACAUAUUUCUUUGUUCUGAGAUUACUUACUUUCAGGCUUACUGUCACACCCAGCCUAACAUCAACAGAUGUCCAAGGGCUGAGAUCAUCAUCACCAUCAUUUUGCUCAGUGACAAUGUGCUAUGCUAUGCCUAAGCUCCUGGAGUGCAUCAGGGUACUCCAUGAGACUGUCCUCUCCACUGGACCAUCCUAUGUUAUAUAUAUAUAUAUAUA